GGCGGGGCCUUUUCCUGGGGUGCUGCUUUCGUUUUCCUGCGUCCGGUCUGCGAUCCCCGCUGGCUGUGCUCCUCCCCGCCGCGCCCACCGCUGUCCGAGUCCCAGCCUCGCGAUCGCCGCGGAGAUCGAUCUUCCCCACGACCCGCGCCGAUCCGCGGAGCCCUUCUCGCGGUGUCCGUCCCCCUCCUUGCGGCGCCGUCCGCUUCCUCUUGCUGAAAGUUUAACCGCUGUCCCGGCGGUGCUGGGCGAGUCCGACUCCUGCCCCGGCGGCUGCAGCCUCCACCAACCCGGCUCCUCGCUGCGCUUGUCGGCAGGAUGUCUCAGUGGUACGAGCUCCAGCAGCUCGACUCCAAAUUCCUGGAGCAGGUCCACCAGCUGUAUGAUGACAGUUUCCCCAUGGAGAUCCGACAGUACCUGGCCCAGUGGUUAGAGAAGCAAGACUGGGAACAUGCGGCCACAGAUGUGUCCUUCGCCACCAUCCGCUUCCACGACCUCCUGUCCCAGCUGGAUGAUCAGUACAGCCGCUUUUCCUUGGAGAAUAAUUUUUUAUUGCAGCACAACAUAAGGAAAAGCAAGCGCAACCUGCAGGAUAGUUUCCAAGAAGACCCAGUACAGAUGUCUAUGAUCAUCUUUAACUGUCUGAAGGAGGAACGGAAGAUUUUGGAAAAUGCCAGGAGAUUCAAUCAGGCCCAGGCGGGGAAUAUUCAGAACGCUGUGAUGCUAGACAAGCAGAAAGAGCUUGACUACAAAGUCAGAACCGUGAAGGAUCAGGUCAUGAGCAUAGAACAGGAGAUCAAGACCCUAGAAGAUCUGCAAGAUGAAUAUGAUUUUAAGUGCAAAACUUCGCAGAACAGAGAACAUGAAGCCAAUGGUGUGGCCAAGAAUGACCAGAAACAAGAACAGCUGUUGCUCCAUCAGAUGUACUUAAUGCUUGACAAUAAGAGAAAGGAAAUAAUUCACAAAAUCCGAGAGCUGUUGAACGCCACGGAGCUGACCCAGAACACCCUGAUCAAUGACGAGCUGGUGGAGUGGAAGCGGCGGCAGCAGAGUGCCUGCAUCGGGGGGCCUCCCAAUGCCUGCCUGGACCAGCUGCAGGGCUGGUUCACUAUCAUCGCCGAGAGUCUGCAGCAGGUGCGGCAGCAGCUCAAGAAGCUGGAGGAGCUGGAGCAGAAGUUCACCUACGAGCAGGACCCCAUCACCAAGAGCAAGCAGGGACUGUGGGACCGCACUGUGGCCCUGUUCCAGCAGCUCAUCCAGAGCUCCUUUGUGGUAGAAAGACAGCCGUGCAUGCCGACGCAUCCGCAGAGGCCUCUUGUCCUCAAGACCGGAGUACAGUUCACCGUGAAGUUAAGGCUAUUGGUCAAAUUGCAAGAGCUGAAUUAUAAUUUGAAAGUCAAAGUCCUGUUUGACAAGGAUGUGAAUGAGAGGAACACAGUAAAAGGGUUCCGGAAGUUCAACAUCUUGGGCACGCAUACCAAAGUCAUGAACAUGGAGGAGUCCACCAAUGGCAGCCUGGCGGCCGAGUUCCGGCACUUGCAACUGAAAGAACAGAAGAACGCUGGCAACAGAACCAACGAGGGCCCACUCGUUGUUACUGAAGAGCUUCACUCCCUUAGCUUCGAAACCCAGCUGUGCCAGCCUGGCUUGGUCAUUGACCUCGAGACGACCUCGCUGCCUGUCGUGGUGAUCUCCAAUGUCAGCCAGCUGCCCAGCGGCUGGGCCUCCAUCCUGUGGUACAACAUGCUGGUGACGGAAACCAGGAAUCUGUCCUUCUUCCUGAACCCGCCGUGCGCACGAUGGUCUCAGCUUUCGGAGGUGCUGAGUUGGCAGUUUUCAUCAGUCACCAAGAGGGGCCUCAAUGGAGACCAGCUAAACAUGCUGGGAGAGAAGCUACUUGGUCCUAAUGCUCCCCAAGACGGCCUCAUCCCCUGGACGCGAUUUUGUAAGGAGAACAUCAAUGAUAAAAAUUUUUCCUUCUGGCUUUGGAUUGAAAGCAUCUUGGAACUCAUUAAAAAACACCUGCUGUCUCUCUGGAACGACGGGUGCAUCAUGGGCUUCAUCAGCAAGGAGCGGGAGCGCGCGUUGCUCAAGGACCAGCAGCCAGGCACCUUCCUGCUGCGCUUCAGCGAGAGCUCCCGGGAAGGCGCCAUCACCUUCACCUGGAUGGAGCACGCACAGAACGGGAGCGAACCUGAGUUCCACGCGGUGGAGCCCUACACCAAGAAAGAGCUUUCUGCUGUCACCUUCCCUGACAUCAUCCGCAAUUAUAAAGUCAUGGCUGCGGAGAACAUUCCAGAGAACCCCCUCAAGUAUCUCUACCCAAACACUGACAAAGACCACGCCUUUGGAAAGUACUACUCCAGGCCAAAGGAGGCACCAGAGCCGAUGGAGCUCGACGGCCCCAGGGGAACCGGAUAUAUCAAGACCGAGUUGAUUUCUGUGUCUGAAGUUCCCGCUUCUAGACUUCAGAGCACAGAGCAGCUGCUCCCCAUGUCUCCAGAGGAGUUCUACGAAGUGUCCCAGAUGAUGAGCCCCGUGGAACUCGACAGCAUGAUGAAUACGGUCUAGAGUGUGGACCUGUCUUCUCUGGUGGCAUUUUUCCUUCCCAGCUGCGAUCCCCUCGUGCUCCUCUGUCCCUUCACGUCCUGUGUUUCUAGGGACGUGAAAGACAAGAAACCACAAUUUGUGGUUGCAAGUGAAUAUUCCUCUGACUCCACACCACGCUGCUCUGGAGGACUGCACCCGUGUUACUGAAGACUGUCCACAGGGUGGAUUUGCAGAAACAUCCAGGGACCCUGAAACUCAUGCCUCGAGUGAGAGUCCCUUGGGAAAGGUGAGAAGUCGAGCAGCGUCCGCAGGUGCUCGCAGUCCGCUUGGGAGUCCGGGUCACGAGACAGUCACACAGCUGCGUAGCGAGCGUGGGUAGGCGUGGCACGCUCCGUGUACUUGCUGUGCUCUGUGUAUGGGGCGAAGCUCUGUGUUGUUUUGUCUGGGGAAUAGUUCAAAGCCAGUUCUGUGGUAUAUUAAACUUCACCAGAGGUACAAGUCUCCCAUCUGGGUAGGAAACAGUGAAAAUUCAGGACGAAUCCUACUUUUUUUUUUUGAGGCUGAUGCUAUUGGUUACUAGCAGUAGAAGGGGUUUCGGACAUUUUUCACACUCAUGGGUGGUGGUUUGUGCAUUCUUUCAAGAGGCCUCCUAAUGAGCAACAUCUCCCUUGAGGAAAUUCUCCUAUUUUCGAAAUUGGAAUUAUUUACAGAUGUAGAUAAACCCAGACAUUUAACUCAGGUUUCUUAAGCGGAUUAAGUUAUCUUUAUUGUUGUUAGCCGGUAAUCUCUUAGCCAUACAGUCAAGAAUAGAGUAGCAAAUGCAGUAGCAGGCAACUUGGAUCGCAGUAAGAUCCAGUAAUCAAAACUCGUGUCCCGUGUCCCUGCACUGAGAGGCGCACGUUGUUCCCUGAUAAAUGUUUUUCACUUGCGAAUGGUUGUUUAAACUUGCGAAUGGCUCCGUGUCUGUCCUAUGCGGCCUCCACGCCCUCCCGAGUGGGUGGUGGCGUGGGGCACGCUCUGUGUGCUGUGUUCCCUUCCUGUCUUCCUCCCGACACCUGUGGUUCCAGGCUGUCAUGAGGGACCGCUGACAGCUGUGCACCUCGUGUCCCCGCCGUCAUCCCCACAGCUACAGUGUUAUAGAAAUGCUUCGCUUUUCUUGGGCAGAGGUGAAGUUUUCUUGAAAUCUGUUUUAAACUUGGGCUCACGCAUACAUGCAGCAUUAAAUGUAACCUGGGCACAGUGCGGUGCUGCCGACAAGUUGAGGUCUCCUCUGUGUGUUUACCUAAGACCGCACGAACCUGGCUGGGUUUUGGUUCACUUUUUAAAUCGAAACAAGAAACAAGACAACAUUUUUAAGAAAUACUAUUUUUAAUCACUGGAAUUUAACCGUCAACCAUAGUUGUGCCCUGUGAGAAUGGUAUGGCUUUUGUUUUAAUGCCAAAGACAGAGUUUGCCUGACUUACUUUUAAGAAGUAUUAAAAUUUGAAUGCUAGUCUAUUGUGAGCAUUUAGUAUAAAGAUUUUUGACUGAGCGUGGUGGCGCAUGCCUAUAAUCCCCAGUGGCUGAGGUAGGAGGAUCGUUAUGAGUUCAAGACCAGC